CUCUUCUUUCCUUUGAUUCUGAUUUGAUUUUUGACGUUUUGAAGACUUAGGUUGAAGUCACCUAUGAAUCCUCCUUUAAAGCUCCUUUAUGGGUUCUAACCUUCGAACUCAGUUUCAACCAAUCCGAGGACGCAAUGGCAUUUCGGUAUGGGAUUCUGAACCUAGUCUUAGUUUCUUCUCUCCUUGUUACAGCUCGAUGUGCAGAGCUGAGCUCUAUCACAGAUAUUGAGGCCUUGAAGGCCUUCAAGAAUUCAAUCACCCAUGACCCAUUUGGAGCUCUGGCAAAUUGGUCCGAUGCAGAUCAUUAUUGCAACUGGUCUUGCAUUGCUUGUGAUCGAUUCAAGCAUGUCAUUUCUAUCUCUCUGCUCGAGAAGGAACUCGAAGGCGAGAUCUCUCCAUUCCUCGGAAACAUUUCGACCCUCCAGGUUAUUGAUUUAGCUUCCAAUUCUUUCACAGGGUCCAUUCCUACUCAGCUGGCAAAUUGCUCAGAUCUCAUCGAAUUGUACGCCUUCAACAAUUCUCUGUCCGGCUCAAUCCCAAAGGAAUUAGGAAACCUGAGAAGCCUGCAGAUAUUGGAUCUCGGGAAUAACUUCUUGGAUGGAGAUAUCCCUGAAAGCAUUUGCAAUAGCACUACUUUGUCUGGAAUUCGCUUCAGCACCAACAACCUCACUGGUACAAUCCCAUCUUGCAUUGGUAAUUUGGUUAAUCUUGAGUUAUUCAGAUUCGAUAAUAACUUGGUGAAUGGAGAUAUUCCUGAAAGCAUUUGCAAUUGCACUACUUUGUCUACACUUGGCUUCUACACCAACAACCUCACUGGUACAAUCCCAUCUUGCAUUGGUAAUUUGGUUAAUCUUCAGGUUUUUCUAGCUUAUAAUAACAACUUCAGGGGUUCCAUACCAGUUUCCAUUGGUGGGUUGUCAGCUUUGCAAAUGUUAGAUUUGAGUCAAAACCAGUUGUCCGGGAACAUACCUUCUGGGAUUGGGAACUUGACUGACUUACAGUAUCUUCUGUUGUUAGAAAAUCUUUUGGGUGGGGAAAUCCCACCUGAAUUAGGGAAUUGCCACAAGCUUGUGGAGCUGGAACUGUACAGAAAUGCAUUUGUGGGAAGCAUUCCUUCUCAGCUUGGAAAACUAGUCAACUUGGAAAAACUAAGGUUAUUUGAAAACAGUUUAUCAGCGACAAUCCCUGCCUCCUUAUCCCAAUGCAAAUCAUUAACACAUCUGGGUAUUUCUAAUAAUGAAUUAACUGGGAGAAUACCUUCUGAGCUUGGUUCUUUGGAUUCACUACAAGUUCUCACUCUAUUCUCUAAUAAUCUGACGGGUGAAAUCCCUUUGGCAUUGAUGAACUUGAAAAAUUUGUCAUAUCUGCACUUGGCUUCAAAUUUCCUUGGAGGGGAGAUCCCUUCUAACAUUGGUUCCUUCUAUAAUCUGGAGAAAUUGUUCUUAUAUGAAAACUCCCUAGAGGGUUCAAUCCCAUCAGAGAUUGGCAAUCUGAGCUUAUUGGUCACCUUACAACUUGGUCGAAAUAGAUUGUCAGGUAGCAUUCCUUCUACGAUAUCAAAGCUGUCAUUCCUCCAAGGGCUUUUCCUAUCUGAGAAUAACCUCGAAGGUGUAAUUCCUGAGCAAAUAUUUGAACUGAAACAGUUAACUGAGCUCCAUUUGGGUCUCAACAGGUUAACUGGUCCAAUUCCAGAUGCUUUUUCUAACUUCCAGUAUUUUUCAGCCUUGGACCUCAGUGGGAACAUGCUUAAUGGUUCUAUCCCAAAAAGCAUGGGCCAUCUUGAUCAGCUAAUACUCUUGGAUCUGUCCAAUAAUCACCUCACAGGACCUAUUCCUGGAUCUGUAAUAAUGGGAAUGAAAAACAUGCCGAUCUAUCUGAAUUUAUCGUACAAUUACUUGGAGGGGUCCAUUCCAGUUGAGCUUGGAGGGUUGUCAAUCAUACAGGCAAUUGAUAUCUCCAACAACAAUCUUUCAGGAAAUAUUCCCACUGCACUUGCAAGUUGCCAAAGUUUGUCUUCACUUGAUCUUUCAAUGAAUGCUCUCUCUGGUCAAAUUCCAGCUGAUCUUUUGUCUCAGUUGGAUUUCCUAUCAUACUUGAACCUUUCCUAUAAUAAAUUAGAUGGUGAGCUGCCAGGAAACAUAGUAAAUCUCAAGUAUCUGAAGACCUUAGAUCUUUCCCGGAACAAAUUAAAUGGUACAAUCCCUGAGAACUUUGGGAAUAUUUCUGCCCUGAAACAUCUCAAUAUUUCCUUCAAUCGACUUGAAGGCCCUGUUCCAAAAGCUGGCAUAUUUGGACACCUUGAUGCAUCUAGUCUGGAAGGAAACUCCGGCCUCUGUGGAACCAAUUUUCUCAUACCUUGCAGCAAUUCAAGCCACUUAAAUACAGCACGCCGGUUCUCCAAGAAGGCUGCAUUAAUUCUCAUUGUUCUUGGAUCCAUUAUUAUAUUUCUACUUCUGGUUGGUUCAAUUAAUUUCCUUGAUCAAUGCAUCAAAAAGAGAAAAGCUAAAGACUCUGAAGCUUUAGAUGCAUCUAGUUCUUUAUCCCCAAGGGCCCCAACCAUAAAGAGGUUUGAUCAAAGAGAUUUGGAAAUCGCUACAUGCUUCUUCAGCAAAGAUAAUGUGAUCGGUAGAAGUGGCUUGAGCACUGUGUUCAAAGGAAACCUGGAAGAUGGGCAAGCUGUUGCAGUGAAAAAGUUGAAUCUUCAACUGUUCUCUUCCGAGUCUGACAAGUGCUUCAAUAGAGAAAUUAAGACCCUGAGCCAUUUGAGGCACAGGAAUCUGGUCAAGGUAAUAGGUUAUGCUUGGGAGAGUGGGAAAUUAAAGGCUUUGGUUCUGGAAUACAUGGAGAAUGGGAGCUUGGAAAAUAUUAUACAUGAUCCUGGGGUAGAUCGGUCAAGGUGGACAUUUUCUGAGAGGUUGAAUAUAUGUGUAUCUGUUGCCCAUGGAUUGGUUUAUUUGCACUCCGGUUUUGAUUUCCCCAUUGUUCACUGUGAUCUGAAGCCUUCCAACAUUCUUUUGGAUGGAGACUGGGAAGCCCAUGUGAGUGAUUUUGGGACUUCUCGCAUGCUCGGUGUGGAGCCUGAUGCUGAAAUCAGCCUUGCCACAUCAUCAGCCCUUGAAGGCACCAUUGGAUAUUUGGCACCAGAAUUUGCAUAUAUGAGGAAAAUUACCACUAAGGCAGAUGUUUUCAGCUUUGGGAUAGUAAUAAUGGAGUUCCUUACGGGUAAAAGGCCAACAGGAACCAUGGAAGAGAAUGGGUUACCAAUCACUUUACGACAAUUUGUGGAGUUGACGCUCACUGAAGGAAUCGACAAGCUUCUUCAGGUGGUAGACCCGAAUCUAGCUUCAAGCAUCUCCACCAAACAAGAGAAGGAAAAACUGGUGGAGCUCUUUAAGUUGGCCUUAUCUUGCACCUGCCCAUCGCCAGAGGAUCGACCAGACAUGAAUGAAGUGUUGUCACCCCUUUCAAAAAUACAUCAGUGUAUAAGGAGAACCAAUUCCUGAUG